AUGUAUGUUAACAAGUAAGUGGUGCAAUAUCAGGGCCAUAUAUCUCGUUUAGACAGAAAAUAGGGCCGCCGAUCCUUUAUCUGCUGCUGUUCCUGUUCGUCUUCACUUGCAACAAACAAUGGGCCGACCAGGAGAUCGCCGUCAUCUCGGCUACAUACUUCUCGGAUUCCAAAAGCGGGUGAGUACGGUGCCAAACUUACUAGUGUUAAUUGUAAAACUUAUCUGUGUCUUAUCAUUUUUACAUAUUGCCAAUCAAAAAAGUUGAAAAUAUUAGUCUGAACUGCAACAUUACACUUCAGGUACCCCGAAAACACGAUGGCAAUAUUGUUCAACAGUCAAAAACGCCUGUGGCCUCCUCGACCGUUCCUUUGUGUUUCCAAUAAUGGAACGAAAGUUUUUGCGGAAUUAGCCAAAAUACGCUACGCUUUUGAACCCAUAUACAUUUGUCGGUGGGCCACGUACCUGAUGACAUGUCCAGUAGUUGGACUACCAAACGGAUUCGCGUUGAGUGAUACCAGAUUCAGUUCGGCUACAAUCCAGGUAAGUGGACUAAAUACGUUUCUCUAAAGUUUAAAAGCUACUGUGUGAAGAAGACCUUGUUUUAGUUAAUCAAAGUCUAGAAGAACCCUGAAAAUGUCAUUUUCAAAAGAUUUUUGCAUCUAUAGAUCUGUAAUCAUCGGUAUAUUAUUUUCCUAAUAACUAGAUAACCUACGUUUGUUCAGGUACCAUAUCGAACAGCAGUGCAACAGAGAAUGGGGGUGGUUGCCUGCUUUUCGCCUUUAUUCUACAACGAACGCUGGCAACUGAUCAUACCGACAUUGGAGAUAUACAGACAGUUGGGGGUGGAUAUGCAAGUAUUUUACAUUCAAAGCAUGCUCACAGACAUCAUGGACUACAUGAAGGUAAUUGCAUUUAAGGCACAAAAUUGAUCGUAUAUAGAAAGUUAAUGUCAUCAAAUACAUUUAAGGUUUACGAAAAGUUGAAUAUCAUCAAAAUCAAUACCUGGAACAUGAUACGACUGGACCCGAACAAGGAGAGGAAACUGGGAUACGACCCGAAUGCUGAACUGGAAUGGCGAAACCAGGCCACGGCCCACACAGACUGCUUUUUGAAUUACAAAGUAGGUACAAUUACGGAACACAAAUAUACCAUGAAAAGUACUCAAAGAUGCUACUAAAAGUACUCAAACGUACUAUAAAAAGGCAUUUAUAGCUAUGAAAAACUAAAUAUAGCUUUAGAGGUAUAGCAAUAUUUAGUUACUUCAAACGUUAUUAAAAACCCUAAAACAUUUACAAUAAACCUAAACUGUAAAUGACUACAGCAAGCCGCCGAGUUCAUCAUAAUAUCAGACAUUGACGACAUCUUGUUCCCUAAACUUGGAGAAACUUACCUAGAGGAAUUCAGAAGACUGGCUGUCACUUUUCCUUUGGGAGCCGGCUUUUCUUACAGUAGAUACAACACCGAACUUAUAGCCAGUAAGUUAAAACUACUGAAAACUUAUAUUUUUAGGCAAAUCGCCUCAAGAUUACAGCUUAUCUUCACUGAUUAACAGUGCCAAGAUAGCCAAUGAAUGGGAAGAUGGCAAGUACGUGGUACGACCAAAGUUCAUUGAGACCGUGUGGCUACAUUGGCCCGGGAUCAUGGAUUCAAAUUACAAAAUGUACGCUGUAGACGAGGAGAUAAACAUCAUGGUGCACAUGAGGAAUUGGAGUAUUGUAAGUGUAAAUAUAAUGUAAAUCUCUUACCAGAUACUGCAAACACUAUUGAUAUUAAUAUCAUUCCAGGUAGAAAAAAGUAGUCCCCUAAAACCAGCCAAAAACUUUGACCUCUUCAAGUAUCAGAUAUCCGACGUGAUCCAACCACAAAUGACUCACGACCUGGAGAGAAACUUCCGUCGAUUCCUUCGUUUAUAUGCCCAUAAAGAGUUCGAACGACUCCCCAACGAAGUCCGAUAUUAUCCACUGAUCGAGGAAUGCUAUAAUCGUAUCUUUUACGGUCGAUCCAAACGACCGGAGAGCUGUCCGGGUCCCUUGAGAUGUGAUCUACCCAAAGUGGAGGGGCUCCGGUGCUCGAUAGCCAGGAAAGUGUAUGAACACGACUCCAUGAACACAAAGGUGAAGAUACACUUUGCACAAGACGGCGGGGACUUCGUGAUUAGUUACAACGGGUGUACAAUGUGA